AUGGGGAAUGCUCUGAACUGUAUUGUGGGGUGUUGGAAGUGGUUGGCUAAGUGUUGUGGUGUGAGGGCAGAGGUUGGUGUUGGGUAUGUCCGGGCCUGCCUACAACCCCCCUUCUCUGGUAUACAGGGUGUAAUAAUUCUCUCCUUUUCUCCCUUACAGGCGAUUGUCUUGUAUAACUUCAACCUCAAACCCGGUCACUCCGUGGAGGUGGGGGGCUUCAUUCCGAAGGACUGUAAAAGGUUUUCCAUAAACUUGGGGAAAGGGGAGAAAAAUGUAGUGCUACACUUUAACCCUCGCUUUGAGGCCCUUAAAGACGACCACAAGAUAAUCUUGAACUCGAUGGUGGGCGAUGUCUACGGAGAGGAGCGGAGAGAAAGCUUCUUCCCCUUCCAGGAGGGAUCGGACACCACGGUUUCCUUCCAGUUUGAGAAGGAGAAGAUCAUCAUACAAUUGCCUACCGGAAAUCCUCUCUCCUUUCCAAUCCGCUUUCCCAUAGAGGCGAUCUCGUAUUUGUCUGUGGAAGACCUCCAGCUCAAGUCCAUCACACUAAAAUGAAGAAUCCCUGCAAUAGAGGAGCCGCCUGUCCCUGGCUCUGAAAUGGCCAUAGGGGACGAAAUGGAUUCUAAUCUUGUUUUGUAACCCCCCCCCCCCCCC